AUGUGUGUAUAUGCCUGCUUUGUGAUGUUUUUGUCAAGUUCAGCUGAUUCAACGGGCUUCCAUGCUCGUUCUAACACUGAGUCACAUGAAAAAAUGUACGUGCUGCCAACGUGGCACUUACGCAGAACUGAAGCGACGACCGGUAAAAAUGUCGGGGUCUGCGGAAGACAAGCGGCAGUCCGAGGAGAUGGUGUUCGACGCCGAGGAAGUGUCAGCCUGCUACGACUCUUUCAUGCACCACAACCGCGAGGCCAUGAAGGUGUUUCUGGAGCGAUACGAGGAUUCUUUCUUUGCGGUCGAGAACGGUGCCCAGCGUGCGGAUCGCCAGUGGUUGGAUGUCGGCUGUGGUCCAGGAAAUUUCACCAAGAACUAUUUGCUCCCGCACGCUCCUUCGUCCUUGCGAAGACUGGUGGCGGUCGAUUUCUCACAGGCCAUGCUGGAUCAUGCCGCAAGAAACCAUGCACAUCCGAAGAUUGCGUACCGCCUUCUCGACAUUGCAAACAACAAAGCCGUGUCCGCGUUUGUCGCGAGCGAAGGCCUCUUCGAGCGCGUAUGCUGCUUCCUAAUGCUGCACUGGAUCCGCGACAAGGCGGCCGCCCUUCGGAACCUGGAGCAUCUCACGGCCCCCGGGGGAGAGUGCUUGGUGGUGUUCAACCAGCGCGUGUCUGUGCAACAGGUGUUAAGUGCCAUGAUUGCGUCCGGCAAGUGGAAAAGGCACGAACACGUUCUCAAAUCUGCUCUCCCGGAGUCCUGGGAGCUUUACGACGUUGACACCAUAGUUUCAAAGCUCGAAGGGCUAGUCGCAUCAACAAGCCUGGUGGCCCUGUCAUGUGAAGUUGUGCCUCUGCAGGUUGGGAGUCCCGAAAUUGACCUAGAAGUGCGUGCUCUGUGUGCCCAUAUACCGAUAUAUCGGCACAUGAAAAAGGAAGACCAGGCUGAAGUGGAAGACUUUGUCAGAAACUUGGCUCUCCAAAACAGCAUCGUGAACUUCUCGACUACGGGCAUAACGCACCAACUUAGAUGCGUCAUUCAUGCCCGUAAACCAGUGUUGUCAAGUUAAGAACAGCCAGUUAGACCUGCCAGAAGCCUUCUGUUCGGCGUCCGCAACCUCCACCGCUGCUAACAAGACCGAGAGUUCAAAUUAACUUCAGAAGUUUAGAAGCUCAGGCCAGUUGGUGUAGCGAUGUUAUUUUUUAUACCGCUACAAUCGAAGACAGUUACUGGGUGUAUUGGAGGUGGGUAUAGGUGGUGGGUAUAUUGGGUAUUGGAGGUGGUAUAUUGGAGUUGCUACAUGCAGGUGUGUAAAUGCACAUUCUGAAGAAUUGGUGGAAAAAUAAAUAGUUUGCCUGGGGAAGGGGUAGUCAUCCUGAAUCUAUGAUACGACUUCAAUAGGCUGCUUAUCACCUACCGACCAUGUGUUGUUAGUGCAACAAGAAGAAGAAGAAAAAGAACGCCACCGCCAAUUACGAUGAUCCAUAAAGCCAGUUAGGCUAAUCUCUAGUGUUUUAACUUAGCAAUGUAUAUUCACUGGCAC